AUUCCAUACAUGUAGGUAGUGAGUCACUGAGUCUCAAAAAAUGGGUAUGAGGGUUCUAAACAGAACCCUUCUCACCCGCUUUACAUUCACUUCAACCCCCAAACAAAACCCAUCUCUCACAAACCUAAAGUUCCAAUCUUUUUCAUCAAAUCCACUAAACCCCAGAUUUUCAAUACAAAUUUCCAAUCUACUCCAAAGGUACGGCUUUCCAUCUUCCAUUGUUCACAAUUUCAUAUCAAAGAAUCAAUUUUUACUCAAUUCAGAUUUGCAUGACUUAGACAAGUCUCUGGUUAUUCUUUCAUCCUUCAAAUUUGAUCAGAGUUCCCUUGUUUCAUUGAUAUGUGAUUGCCCUGGGGUUUUGGAUUUUGAGCUUCUUAAGAAAUGGGAACUGGGUUUCUCAAAAUUGGGGCUUUUGGGUGCUUCCCCGUUGAUGAUCAAGAGUGUUUUGGAGCAAUCUAAGAGGUUUCAGAUUGACCCAGAUGGUGUUUUUAGGAGUGUGAAGGCUUUGAGGGGUUUAGGGUUUAAGGAUGGUACUGUCUGUAGGGUUUUAGAGGGGUUUCCAGGAGUGGUUUUGAUGAAUGAGAGGGAGAUAGAUGAGAGAAUUGAGUUCUUGGUGGGAUUUGGGAUUCCGAGGGAUGGAAUUGAUCGGGUUCUUUGUUGUUUUCCAGGGGUUUUAGGAUUUGGGGUUGAAGAUAGAUUAAAGCCAUUGCUCUGUGAGUUCAAAGACUUUGGCUUUGGUAAGGAUGUUAUUAGGAGAGAGAUUGUUAAACAGCCAAGAGUUCUUGGCAUGGAAUUCGGUGAGUUUUCGUGGUGUUUGGAAUGGUUGAGGACUUUGAAAUGUAGGGAGCCUAUCAAGGAGAAGAUUUUCAGUAAUGGAGAAUUUCGAGCUGGGUUUGAAGUGAAAUUGAGAGUUGACUGCUUGUGCAAACAUGGGUUGAUCAGAAGAGAGGCUUUCGAAGUGUUGUGGAAGGAGCCAAGGUCAAUCAUAUAUAAGGUGGAGGACAUUGAGAGGAAGAUUGAGUUUUUAACACAUGAGAUGAAAUUCAAUAUCCGUUGUUUGGUUGAAGUUCCGGAGUACUUGGGAGUGAAUUUUGAGAAGCAAAUCGUUCCUCGGUUCACUGUGAUAGAGCAUUUGCGAUCAAAAGGAGGGCUUGGUUGUGAGGUGGGGUUAAAGGGUCUGAUCAAGCCUAGCAGGCUUAGAUUCUACAACCUGUAUGUCAAGCCAUAUCCGGAUUGUGAAACAAUAUUUGGAAGACUUUCAGGAGAUGGUAAAGUUCGAAACCAACAUCCUGCUGGACUUUGGAAGCUUUUUAAGCCACCAAGUUAUCCAGAAUCGAAAGAUGAUGUGAAGAACACAAAGUCAUUUAUGGAAUCACUGGCUCACUGAUUGUAUCAAUGACUUUAUCAGGUGGACUUCUGCAUCUUGUAAUAUGGGAAUGGGUAGCAUAAUUGUUUAAUGUCAUGAAUUCUUCUGUGGGUGCAUAGAGAACAGACUUGUUGGUAUUGGCAGUUGCCUUUUCAAUUUGAGUACUUGUACAUGAGUGACUGGUAUCUUUCAAAUAAAAGAGGUGGUUUUGGCAGAAAGAUUGAACAAGACAUACAAGAAAGUGAACUAAAGGUCUGGGAUUCUAAAUUCUUUUGAUUGUGGAAACUAGAAGUGAUAUCAGUCAACCCUCUGCUUCAUUUUAGAGUAAAUCUAAUGUUUGGACGUCUAUCUUUCGCAAGUAUUUGAAUCAGCUAUCUUUUCUGAUUCAUAUCAACUGCAUCACCUUGCCCAGAAGUGAUUUUUGACUUGUAUUAAUGAUUAUCACGGUGCAUAUGAAAGAUGAGACAGAGAAUCAAGAAGCUAGUAGCAGUGGAGCGAGAAUCAGACUGAAUAGUUCACUUAUACAAGCUUGAAAGGCAUGACUGGAUUUGGCUGCUAGGUAUCUGGUGUAAUGUAUGCAACAGUAUUGAUGUCCGAUGUAAGAGAGGACACGAGAAAUUUGAAGCUAUUACAAUGUAUCGAACCCCUGCAGUAACUUGGUCAAUAAAUUAACACAAAGUUGAUCAUGA